CUCUCUCUCGCAGAUGUGGCACAGGCAGCGAGACGCAUUUUUACACGCCUGAACUUCUGCGCGCGCGGCCCACAUCUGGAAACGUUGCAUCACAGCAGCCGUAAAUGUCCCGGAUAAGGCAGAAGCUCAGACUCGAUUUUUUUUUUCUGUCGGCAGAAGCAAACAAACUCGGCAGCAAAAAAAAGAGAGAGCUAGGGCUGCGACGCUGUCACUUUUCUAUUUGGGUGAAAUCGCUGCCUUAAAUGUAAUGUGAUCUCCAGAAAAGGUCGGGGAGAGAGUCUAACUGGUUGGUACGUGGAAAAAUACUUCGGAAGAUCUCAUCGUGGAAAGUGAGAAGUUGAAGCGGAACACAUAAAGUGAUACUGCUUUGACCGUGAAGGAGUGGCACGCAGGCAUCGAUCCUGCGACAGCGGGUGAUGAAAACUUGAGUAGAGUUGAUAUCGAAGGCACAGAGGUUAACGCUGAAGAGAGAUGCCGGGUCCCCCCCCUCCUCCCGCUCCAGCCCCCCCACCCCCUCCCCCUACAUUUGGUCAGGCAAACACAGAGAAGCCCAAUCUAAAUCGUAAUCAGCAGCAGGGGAGGAACGCUCUCCUCUCAGACAUCAACAAGGGAGCGCGGCUCAAGAAGACCGUCACCAAUGACAGGAGCGGACCUCAACUAGACAAACCCAAAGGGGGAGGUGGAGGAGGAGGCGGCGGAGGCGGAGGAGGAGGUGGAGGAGGUGGUGGUGGAGGAGGAGGAGGAGGAGGAGGAGGAGGAGGAGGAUUCGGGGGUGGAGGCGGUGGUGGUCUGGGCGGUCUGUUCCAGGGCGGGAUGCCAAAACUACGCUCGGCCACAAACAGAGACAGCAAUGAUUCUGGAUCUGCUCGGCCUCCUCUUCUGCCCCCUGGUGGUCGCUCCGCUGGCCCACGGCCGUUUGGAGGAGGUGGAGGAGGUGGAGGUGGUGGAGGUGAUUCCGGCCCUCCUCCUCGCCUGCCUGUGCCCAAGAGCGGUGCGAUGGACAGCCCUCGCUCCCGCGGCCCCCCCUCUCGGCCAGACACUUCAGGGGGGCCACCCCCCGUCCCCAACACCCCUCGCCCCGGCGGUGGCAGCGCCCUCCAUGGCCGUGGGGGACCCCCACCUCUGCCCGGCGGAGGACGCCCCACUUCCUCCGCUCCCACGCCUCCGCCCGGUCGACAUGGCGUUGGCCCCCCUCCCCCCGUCCCGGCCUCGGGCGGGUUCGGCCGCCAGUCCGCCACCCCGGCCCCCCCUCCCUCCAGCCGCCCCCCCUUGCCCCCCGCGCCCCGACCAGGGUCCGAGGACCGCCCUCCGCCCGUUCCCCUGGGCAACAGACCCUCUCUGCCGCUCCCGAGGGACGGGCCUCCGCCUCCCCCGCCCUCCUUCAACAACAAGCCCCCCCCUCCUCCGUCCUCCUCCCGCCCCAGCCCUGGAGGUGGAGGUGGUGGGGGUGGUGCCCCCCCACUGCCCCCCGGGCGCCCAGGACCGCCGCCGCUGCCCCCGACACCCGCCUCGGCGCCUGCUGAUGACAUCACCCCGCGGCUGCCCCAGAGGAACCUGUCACUCAACUCUGCCCCCGCCCCGCCUCCGGUCCGCUCCGGCCCCCUGCCCCCGCCCCCCAGCGAGAGGCCGCCGCCCCUGGGCAGGAACUCCUCCACGCGUUCAGGUCCUCUCCCGCCCCCUCCUCCAUCGGGGCGCCCUGGCGGCAGCAUCAGGUCGGCGGGGGCUCCCUCCAGUCCGAGUCGUCCCCCAGGAGAUUCCCGCGGUGGCUCCGGCCACAGACCCCCCCUCCCUCCGGACAGACCUGGCGUUGGGGGGGCACCAACACCGCCGCCACCCAUGGGCAACGGCUUCCAGAACCAUCACCAACAUGCGGAUGAGUGGGAAUCCCGCUUCACCUUCCGCCCCAUGUCCGAGCUCCCGCCCCCCGAGCCCUACGUUCCCUUCCAGAAGACCUAUCCCAGCAAGAUGGCCAAGAGUGACGGACGAGGAUCAGGCAAAAAGGAGAGGGGUGCCCCCCCACUACCCCCUAUUCCCAGGUGAAGGAGACUGUCGUUUACCCUGGGAUCCCCCAAUCCAGCAGUUACUGUCUCGCUGUCUUUUCUUUCUUUCUCUUUCUUUCGCUCUCUUUCCCUCUCUGUCUCUCUAUCUCUUUUUCUCUCUCUCUCUCUCUCUUUCCCUCUCUCAUUUCCCUGUCUCAGUCUCUCCCUCUUUCUUCCUUUCUCUCUCUCUCGCUCUUUUACUUCUUUUCGUUUUGUCUCCACGGACCACUCGCUCGCUCUUGCACCGGUCACUGUUACCAUGGAAGUAUCACACUCAGAUGGAUCAUCUAGAGUGGCGGCGGGGGAUCUGCACCACGCUGGGACUGUGUCAUUCUAUCAAUGUGCUCUCUAUAUCAUACACACAUACACACACACACACACACACACACACUCCUCUCUCCACACACACACAAACACUCUCACUCACGCACACACACACUCACAUGCACUCCUCCCUACACAUCACCUUAUAUGCGGGUAUCAGAGCUAGGGAGCAGGGCUGGGAAAUAGCAUGUGGACGAAGCGAGUUUUUAUAUGAAGGAAAAAACAAAGACAUAGGCCUAAAGAGAAGACAAAAGGUCUCAAAGAGAAGUGCCUUUAUUGUAUGGGUGCCUUUAUUGUAUGGGUGCCAUUGGAUGGGUAUUCUUGUUGUAUUUUUGUUGGAUUGUUUGUUUGUUUGUUUGUUUUACUGAUAUGUUGAAGCGUAAGAAGGCUGAUUGUGACAGUAUUAUUUUGUUUGCCAGAUGUAUUUAGCCUCUGCUGCCUCUGUUUGAGUAGCCCGUCCUCCCCGGCACAGCUGGCAGAGAGCCACUUCCUGCAGAUGCCAUCACCUACCCGCAUACACAAACUGUUACCGGUUAUCUGUGUGUGUGUGUGUGUGUGUGUGUGUGUGUAGGUGUGUGUGUAGGUGUGUGUGUAGGUGUGUGUGUAGGUGUGUGUGUAGGUGUGUGUGUAGGUGUGUGUGUAGGUGUGUGUGUGUGUGUGUGUGUGUGUGUGUGUGUGUGUGUGUGUGUGUGAAACCACUGGCUCUGUCUUUGUCUUAUACAGAGAGAGAGCGAGAGAGAGAGAGAGAGAGAGAGAGACUUUCAUUUGUUUGUAACAACUGAUAUCAAAGCACUUGUUUGUCACAGUUUCAAAGCACUAUGCAACUUACAAGUCUGACAAUCUGAAAGGGCCAGGUCAGUAGGCAUCAUCAAGUGUUUAGCCUUGCAUCAAUGAAUUUAAGAUAAAAGUCCACACACACACACACACACACAGGAUCACAGAGGAAAACAGAGACCACUGAUACUCCAACUUUGUUUUGAGACCAAAAAUCUGAGCGGGAGAGUUCUCAGGACGGACGAGGGCUGCCGGUGAGCGUCCUCUCGACAGUGCCUCUUUUGUGUGCUUGCGGACAGGAAGUGUAGUAUUUCAGAGCAUUCUGGGAACUGCGCUCCUUCAAGAGCGCUUCUCCUCAGGUGGUCAUGGGUUCGUUUGUCUCUGCGUGCACAGCCAUAUUCUCACAACUGCCCUCUUUGGGGUUCCUCUGAGGUCCAGAGAGGGGAGGUCUCGCCAACGGUACUCAAGGCUGUUCCCGUAGAGGGGACCGUCGUACGGAUAAAAGGAAAAGAUGUCUGUUUUUGUGUUACUCUUUUUGUAUUUUGCUGCUUUUUGUUUUAUUUGUAUGGCUUUGUGGUCUAUUUUUGUUAUAGAAAAGACUUCCAUUAUGGCAGUGUUCCAUUUUCUAAAUAAAAAUGACAUGUUAAAUAGUU